AUGGCCGUACCGGCUGCUUUGAUCCCUCCGACCCAGCUGGUCCCCCCUCAGCCUCCGGUCUCCACUUCGGCCGCCUGCACCACCACCACCACCACCAACUCCUCGUCGGCCACCUCCUCGCCCUCGCCGUCCAUCGCUCCCCCGACGGCCGCCUCGGGGACAAACCUAUUCCGGCCGGAGCCCAUGGCGGCGGCAGCAGCGGCGGCGGCAGCCAGCCUGGGCACCGGCGGCGGCGGCAGCGGCAGCGGCGGCGGCGGCUCCACUCCCAAUGCGGGCGCGGGCAGCGCGGGCGGCCCCGUGCCCGGCAAGCCGGUCUACUCGACCCCGUCGCCGGUGGAGAACACCCCGCAGAACAACGAGUGCAAGAUGGUGGACCUGAGGGGGGCCAAGGUGGCCUCCUUCACCGUGGAGGGCUGCGAGCUCAUCUGCCUGCCCCAGGCUUUCGACCUCUUCCUCAAGCACUUGGUGGGAGGCUUGCACACGGUCUACACCAAGCUGAAGCGCCUGGAGAUCACGCCCGUCGUGUGCAACGUGGAGCAGGUCCGCAUCCUGAGGGGGCUGGGGGCCAUCCAGCCCGGCGUCAACCGCUGCAAGCUCAUCUCCAGGAAGGAUUUCGAGACCCUUUACAACGACUGCACCAACGCCAGUUCGAGACCUGGAAGGCCUCCUAAGAGGACUCAAAGUGUCACCUCCCCAGAGAAUUCCCACAUCAUGCCACAUUCUGUCCCCGGCCUCAUGUCUCCUGGAAUCAUCCCGCCAACAGGCCUGACAGCAGCAGCUGCAGCAGCAGCAGCUGCCACCAAUGCUGCUAUAGCAGAAGCAAUGAAAGUGAAAAAAAUUAAAUUGGAAGCUAUGUCCAACUAUCAUGCAAAUAAUAACCAGCAUGGAGCAGACACUGAAAAUGGAGAUCUGAAUUCAAGUGUUGGACUGGAGCUUCCUUUUAUGAUGAUGCCCCACCCACUAAUUCCCGUGAGCCUACCUCCAGCCUCGGUCACGAUGGCCAUGAGCCAGAUGAAUCACCUGAGUACCAUUGCCAACAUGGCAGCAGCAGCACAAGUGCAGAGUCCUCCAUCCCGAGUGGAGACAUCUGUUAUUAAGGAACGUGUUCCAGACAGCCCUUCUCCUGCUCCUUCUCUUGAAGAGGGCCGAAGACCUGGCAGCCAUCCAUCAUCUCAUCGAAGCAGCAGUGUGUCCAGCUCUCCUGCACGAACUGAGAGCUCUUCAGACAGAAUCCCUGUCCAUCAGAAUGGGCUAUCUAUGAACCAAAUGCUGAUGGGUUUGUCACCUAAUGUCCUUCCUGGUCCUAAAGAGGGCGAUCUGGCUGGUCAUGAUGUGGGACAUGAGACAAAAAGAAUACACAUUGAGAAAGAUGAGACCCCGCUCUCCACACCAACCGCAAGAGACAGCCUUGAAAAACUUUCUCUAACUGGGCAUGGGCAGCCACUACCUCCGGGUUUUCCAUCUCCUUUUCUAUUCCCUGACGGAUUGUCCUCCAUAGAGACCCUUCUGACUAACAUCCAGGGUCUACUAAAGGUUGCUAUAGACAAUGCCAGAGCUCAAGAGAAACAAGUCCAACUGGAAAAGACGGAGCUGAAGAUGGAGCUGUUCAGGGAACGAGAACUGAGGGAAACACUUGAAAAGCAGUUGGCUGUGGAGCAGAAGAACAGAGCAAUAAUUCAGAAAAGGUUAAAGAAGGAAAAGAAGGCAAAGAGGAAAUUGCAGGAAGCACUCGAAUUUGAGACUAAGCGACGGGAGCAAGCAGAGCAGACACUGAAACAGGCAGCUUCAACAGAUAGUCUCAGGGUCCUAAAUGACUCUAUGACCCCAGAGAUAGAAGCUGACCGCAGCGGGGGCAGAACAGAUGCUGAAAGGACAAUACAAGAUGGAAGACUGUAUUUGAAAACUACUGUCAUGUACUGAAUUUUCUUCCUGCUGAAGAUACCUGUGCUACGGUAAAGAACUUUGCAGUAAGACUAUGUGUCUUUCGAGUGAAUACUCAAAAGGAGCUUCAUGGAAACAAAGCAUUUUCAAGGCGACUUCCUCGACUUCAUGUUUCAAUAUUCUUCAAAAAUUUAAAGAAUUCUGCAAGAGUGUCCUCCUCCUUUGGUUAGCUCCUGUGGCUCAACCCAGAGACCUAGAGAAUGUUUGUAAAUGUACAGUAGCACUCUUCUUACAGUGAGAAUCUCCUUCUCUGCACCGGACUAUUGUAUCCAAAACUACAGGCGGAUCAGAACAAGGCUGAGUAUUCUCUUUUUUUAAGGAAUGCAGACUCUGUCCUCCUCUGAUGAGUCCAUAUUUGAGCACAUCAAAUGAUCCUUCCAGCGAUGCCCAGCUGCACCGAUAGACUGUUAUGUCAUAACGAAACCAGCAAGACAGCUCAGACAUGAACUUGUAGAGGGCAUAAGAGGAUUCUUAAAAAAAAAAGAAAAAAAAGGAAAAAAAAAGAAAAAAAAAGAUACAUUCGGUUUUCAAACUAUGAUGGUGAGUUUUCUUCUAGAGACCUUUUUUUCCACAUGCUUUCCAAGAGACCAACACAUGGAUGUUAGACUACAUUAAGUGAAAUGGAAUUUUGUGUAAGUGAAAAGAAAUGCUGAAUGUAAACAAACUGUUUUACUGUUCACAAGAAUCUCUUUUCCUAAAAUAAAAAAAAUACAAUAAAAAGUAAUAAUUUCUCAUUGUAAACUGGCAGGGGUUUAUGAAAUAAAAGACUUUGCUUAUUCAAACUGUUGGUCACAUGUACAGUAUAUAACGCAAAUCACACAAGGAAGGUAUUAUGUAUGCAGUAGAAAUCUAGAGUUUAGGAAAUGAAAAAUUUAGAUAAUAUUGUUUUGUCACCCUGUUGGUCAGAACGACACCUUUCUAGUUUUAACGCAUGCAGGCAUGUAAAUAUUUGUCCUGGAGUCACAGUAUUACUGAAUGAGAUCUUAAGCAUCUGGUAACAAGUCAGAAUUCUGUAGCAGCCACUUUUAUUUGUAUAUUGAGCCCUGGUUAGUGCCCUGGUUAGCGCACUUUUAAGAAUGGACUGUGGCUGAGCAGCAAGUCAAAAUGCCAGAAAUAUUUUUAUAUGUUAAUGUCCUAUUACGUCAAUGUUGCUAAAAAAAAAGAAAACCUAACAGACACUUGAUGUAUCAGUCCGAUUCCACGUAGAGCUGAGUGAUACAGUUGAAGUCUAUUGUCCCUCCCGCCUUGUCUUGCGGAUGGGUGGUUAUGUGUUACUUUCACUGUCUUUAUGAAAGCUACAAUAUGUGUUUUCACCUUUGUGCUGAUAACUGGAAGUAAGCUGCAACACAGUGCUUAUGACAUUACUAAAAGGUUAUGUUCUUUGCUUUGCGUACUCUUGGGUUACCCCUUUAAAGACUGAUUUUGUGAAUCAGUGCUAUUACUGUAAGUUUUGUGAUUAUUCUUUCUUCAUCUUUAAUGUUUUAUGCAUAUAAAAUAUUAUUUAUUACAUGGAAACAUAUCAAAACCUUAAAUGUCUAAAAUGCCUAACUUAAAGCAAAUAUUUCUUUAAAAAUAGCUCUGAUUGGAUAUUAAUAUUAUUUUGUCAAAAAAAAAUCUAAUGUUUUGUAAACUCUAGCACUGAGCUUCUAUAGUUUGUAGGUCUUCCUUGCAAUACUGGUACACACUUAUUUUGUGCAGUUCAUAUUUACUCCACCACCACAAUCCUUUGUUAACAAUAGAAAAGAUGUAUAUACAAGUUCACGUCAUGAUAAUUUUUUUUAAAGAAAUCUUGAGCAAUAUUUUUCAUUAAAUAUUGUUACCUAACACUUUGUAGUGAUAUUUGUUUUCUAAUCAUGAUUCUUUCAUAACUUUCAUAGUUGCUUGAACAUAUAUGGGAUUCUGUACUCCAGUUUUUUCAUAUACAGUCUUUAAAGGGUUAACAACUGUAAAGUUAGAUGGACUUGUGGCAAGCUUUUGAAUCAUUCAUAUCUGAAAGAGAAUUAAAAGCCUACAAGUGAAAUAUGUAGUAGCAUCUACCAUUGCUCUGCUCCUUGCAUAGAGUCACCUGUAAGUAGGUUUAGUAGUUUUACAGUAUAUACUUUCAAGACCUUUGGGAAUGCCUCAGUGUUUGGCUUGGUACAUAAAUGGAAAUGUUGAGGAUUAAGGGGGAACCAAUUUAUAAGCUGGAUGUUUAGAAAGAAUCUUGCUAAAACAGUGUAAAUAUUACAGACCAUGAGAUGUUACCGUAAGUUGAAUUUUUGCCCCUCUUUAGUUAUACAGUUUUUUUUGUUGUUAUUUUGUUUUUGGUUUUUGAUUUGGAUUUUUUUUUUUGCAUAGAUUAUGAAGAGAAGUUGUGCUCAUGUUAUUGUUUAUAUGCUUUUGUAAUCUUAAAGAUAUUAAUGUCUAGUUGUUCUAUAUUAUAACCACAUUUGCGCUCUAUGCAAGCCCUUGGAACAGAACAUACUCAUCUUCAUGUAGGACCUAUGAAAAUUGUCUAUUUUUAUCUAUAUAUUUAAAGUUUUCUAAAAAUGAAAAAGGUUAUUACGAAUUUUGUUGUACAAAAUCUGUACAAAAAUCUGUUUUUACAUCAUAAUGCAAGAAUUGGAAAUUUUUCUAUGGUAGCCUAGUUAUUUGAGCCUGGUUUCAAUGUGAGAACCACGUUUACUGUUAUUGUAUUUAAUUUUCUUUUCUUUUCAACAAUCUGCUAAUAAAACUG